AUGUAUCACAUGCUCCCCUAUUCGUACCGACCGCAGGCGAACUACUCACGUGCCCAACAUGGCGAGUUUCAAAAUUUGGUCGACGGACUCGUCAACAAAGUAAGAACUGCCCUCUUCUCUGUGUCGGAAAAAUCAAUAAACGUCUGUUUGUUCAGAUUCUCGGUGAAACAGAGAUUGUCGACGCAGAAAGCCCAAAUGGCCGCAAACUGUUCAAUUCAAUUGACACGUUCUUCUCUUAUGGGUACGUGGAAGGCAAGGAUUCCCUAUUAAUUUCCGGUCGAUUUUUGCAGACUACUCACCGGUGAUGGCACGUAUUGGCGUUGCAUCAGAAACUUUCUGCCACGUGCCGAGCAAAGAAUGCUGGUUGCCGAGUGUGGUAACGCCAAUGAUCGUUUCCUGUCCAUCGGAUGGUUGAAGACGUCUUUUAAUAAGGGAACCCUUCAUUUCAUGUUGCUGGCCCUUAAUAACCAGAGUAACAAGUGAGUGCCUAGCGGAAAUAAUGAAACUUUCACCUAGUUAUCGCCACAUUUGCCAACACACAUAAAACUCGGGGUUUUCAGAACUUACCUGACGAGAUACUACCACGUCAACGCUUGUAUUCGCAACUCGGGACUGUUGGAGGCUAUCACUCAGUUCAUCGGAAAACUUCAACCGAUUCAGUUUGCUUUCUAUGUAAGUUAACGUACCAUUUUUAAGCAAUCGUGUGCACACUUACGACCUCAACUCAACCCUAUUGCAGAGCACACGACAGCUUAGAGCUGAACCAGCGCCGGCAGCGGUGAUUGACACUGCUCCGGUGCAAAUAUCUUCUCGUGCAGCUGCUCGCCAGCGCAAACUUACUGAAAAAGAAGCUUCAAACGACACGGUGCCCAACAUCAUCCCAACAGAAAUCCCAACUAUCAUCUCGCAGGCCAUUGACCAAGAUGUGCUUCUCGAUGAGCUUGUGCGUAAUCGUCACAAUCGUCUUAAUACUGACCUCUAUGAGAAUCAAACUACUGAAAAUGGCGAAGCUUGUGUUCCGCACACGUCCACUGAAGAGGAAAAACUUGAGGAUGUGAUGACAAAGAAGAUGUCCGCGGCUAACAUGGAAUCUAUGAACCCGGAUGGGAUCGAGGAAAUACUUGCUAACGAGGAGCCGGAAGAGGAGGAAGAAAUCGAUUACAAUCUGGCGGAUGGAGAGUACCAGUAAGUACCCAAUACAAUUAAAUCAUAGUAAAUCCAAACAUAAAACUUUCCAGAAUGAGCCAAGGAGAUGUCCUCCAUUUGGCGAUCAACGUCUUUGAGAAAUCUUCUGAGAAGAUUAUUGAAUCGUUCACAGCUAUCGAGAACUUCCACUCGGAAAACAGAAGAAUCCGCUAUUUUGUGAUGACUAACUACAAUCUGUAUGUGUUCAAGUUCCGCGUGCAUAGCGAGAACUACCUGCCUGGAAAAGUCACAAACUUGUCAUGCCAUGGAUUCUUCAUUCCAAUGGUUCGGAUGCCGCACGACCGUAUUAAAACUAUCAAGGUACAGAAGCAGACAAUAGUUAUUGGAUGCUAACAAUUGACCAUAAAUUUAAUCUUUGGGCCGGGCCGCUCCAUAGAAAUUCCCAAGACAACUGGGCCUAGUGACAACGAGGCAAUUGACUGAAUCAGUAUCACACGACGAAACUCGAAACAAAUUAAACAUAAAUGUCGCCCUAUAAUAAUUGAAAUGAAUAAUGGGAAAAGGAACUCGGAUAAUAAUUUGUUUUCAGAUAAGCAUUGACAAUCUAUCGUUUAUGUUGGAAGCAAACGAAGACGGAUUCGCUCACUAUUUUCAAAAUGAGGAGAGCGACGACAAGACUGUUUUCUCGUACACUGCUGCAAUGGCCGGAUUGGAAAGUGGAGCACAUAUGAUCAACUCGCUGAUCAACGUAUGUGAAACACAUUGGGAUUGUUCGUAUUCAUAAUAUUUCAGGUGGUCGAGCACAGCAGCCGAUCAAUUAGCGUUCGUGCGGAGAUCGAUGAUCACAUUGGAUACAUGUGCAUGCUCCAGCCGAACCUUGAGAAGCAACUCGGAAGAGUAAGUGUAAAACUCAAUACACCGUUAUAAUUUUCUAUGAUUCCAGCCGGUCGAUGUUCGUUCCGCGUCUCUUUGCUUCUGGUACGAGCAGCCGCGUGAGGAGAGAGAACAGACAACAGCUACCAUGUCUGGAUACUUGUUCAAGUCUAUCGUGAACACUUGGAUUAAGACCACUGACGAAGCGGAGCACAAGUACUGCGUGAUUGGGGGCAACAAAAGCUUCCACAUCUUUGUCGAUUCCAACUGCAAGGAAGAGGACGAGGAAUUGGUUAUAGACCUCAGUGCCGUCCAGCUGAUUGCAUCCGGAAGAGUAACAUUCCAGCUAAAAGGAGCUCAGGGCAACUUCGAGUUUGAGUGCAGUACGCAGGAGGAAUGCACGGAAUGGGUGAAAACGUUGACGUCUAUCACUGAGAAUAAGUACGGCCCGCCGUACAUAACGGCGUGUCUGGCUGUGCUCACAGAGUCCACCAUUGCGUUGGUGCAGGAAGGCGAAAAGUUCUGGACCGAUGGUUUCCUGCGUCUUCUCAACGAGUUGCAAGGAGAUCGACUUUGCCAAACCAUCUUGGUCUAUCCGCCAAAAAACAAAGCAAACUAUUUUUUCGGACGCUCUCCAGCUCUUUGCUUGAUUUCGAAUGAUGAAACUAUUCACUAUCUGUUUGUCCGCUUUGCCAGCGAGCUUGAACGCCUCGCAGUUGCUAUCCAGGCCACGUUUGGUAUUCAAUAUGAGAAGCUGGAAGAUGAAAUAAUGGAAGUGAGUAUUAGAGUGGGGAUUUUAUUCAUAUCCUCAUCGCAAACCUUAAAAUAUUUCAGACUCCUCUCGGAAAAACAAUCAACAACGUGUGCUGUUGUGCCAAAGACCUUUGGCCCGUGUAA